AUGACUUCCAGCAACCAAAACAUGAAAAGUUAUCGUGCACUCAAGACGGAGCAAGGUGUUUUCACAACUCCUCCAUAUUCCACCAAAAUCAAACCUUUAUGGCGAUUCGUCAAUGCCGAUGUAGCGGCCACUAGCGCCGCUGCCAUAUGGGAAAAGUUUGAGAUGUACAGGAAUGCCAACGACUUCAUCGGCAUGGACAUCUGUCGCAAGUUUUUACAAAUGGGAAGAACACGUUCUCUUCGAUAUGCCUUACGAAGAGGUGGCAAAAAGUACGGAACAUCUUCAUCCACAGGGGCGGCUACUGGUGAGAGUGAGACCACUGGUGGAAGAGUCGGGAAACAACCAACUCGGAAAGAAAUACCACGCACUGGUAAAAUCUACGAUGAGGAGAAGUCCAAAGGCGCGAGUAUCUUCGAAAAUUACGUCAAGCGAUGUUGGGAGGAUGAGACAUAUGUGAGCGCUUUUGAGGAGUGGAAAGCCAAGCAUAAUACUCAACAACCUAAAGCUAAAAGUGUAGGAUCCAAAGAAGGAGGAUGA